GCCUCUUAUUGGUUGUAGAGACUGAGAGACGCAUGUAUGCUCUCUACCAGCCCAAUGCUCCUCUCAUACAAAGCAGGAAGCUAUGCAAAGACUUUCUCGAUGGUGUUCAUGUUUCAGUCUUGGAGUGAUGUUAAACCAACUCUCACAAAGCAGCCAGAGAGAGAAGGGAAGGUUUUGCCUGGAAGGUUUUGCUCCUGCCUGAGGGUGGACACAACUUGGUGUGUAACCAGCCUGAGUUCAAGCACUCCCAGAGUAAGUCACCACCUGUCUUCUUUGUGUUUCCCAUAAGGCUUUAUGUUAUCUAGCAAUGUGUGAAGAAACUGCUUUGCAUGGAGGGGAGGUUUGCUGUAUAGAAAUGUCUGAAUAAUAACAGUGAAGAUUUAAAGGGUAUUUAACACACACAAACUUUUGCAUCCAUGCUCAAUAUGGUUCCUUCGUUAUUUCUGUUUUAAAAUAAACAUCCUUCCGCAGCCUUUCAAUUGAAGGGCUGUGGCUCAGUGUCUGCUUGCGUACAGAGUGUCCCAGGUUUCAACCAUGACAUCCCCACAUAGAGCUGGGAAAGUGACCAUUGUCUGGACCUCUGGGGAGCUGAUGCCUGUCAGUGUUGAUAGCAGAGAGCUAAAAGGAAGGCUCUAGGCUGAUGCUGCCUGGUUUAGGGAGAGAAUUAAGCUUUUGCCUUCACAGCUGUGACCCUAGAGUCCUGGGACAAAAGUUGAAGGCAGACAUUGCCUUCAGACCCUCCAAUCUUGGAAGCACAAAGCUGGUUGCUUCGGGGGACAGGAUGCUGGACUCGACUGACUUUUGAUCUCUUCCAGCAGAUCAGAUCUUAAGCAAUAGUAGACCUGGAAUGCACCUGCAUCCUGGGGGAGUGCUGUAGCUUAGUGGUAGAGCAUUUGCUCUGCACACAGAAGGUCCCAGGUUCAUUCCCUGGCACCUCCAGAAUGUCCCCUACCUGAAACCCUGGAAAGCCACUGCCUGUCAAUGAAGACAACAUACCAUGUUAGAGGGAACGAUGCUCUGACUCCAUAGAAUGCCAUUUCCUGGUUUCAUCUCCUUCAUGAGUAAACUGGGAAGGCCAAGGAUGUAGUUUGCACGUAUGCAGCUUGUGAUUCUGUUGUGUUUUCUCUUUCUUAAAAAAAAUAAAAAUAGGCUAGCUAUUGGAUGAUGUGACACACAAGACUCCAGUUCCCAAGAAGAGUUCACUGCACCCCAAAUCUCCAUCCUGGGCACCAGCAUGCAUUCCAGGGACAACGACUCCACCCCCAGCCCCACUGAGCAGCCUUUGCAAGAUCUUUACUCCUCUCCAGCCAACGUCUCCUCCCACUGCCCUAUCUUUGUCUCCAGUUACCAGUUUGUCCUCAUCCCAGUCCUCUACUGCAUCAUCUUCAUCCUCGGACUGGUGGGGAACAGCAUGGUGGUAGCAGUGCUGUGUUGGCAGCGGAGCCCGAGGAAAGUCUCCAGCAUUUACAUCGUCAACCUGGCUGUGGCGGACUUGCUGGCCCUGACCACACUUCCUUUUUGGGCUGCAUACUAUACGUAUGGGUACAACUGGCUCUUUGGCCCAGUGAUGUGCAAAAUCACCAGCUCGGUCCUUUGCCUGACCAUGUUUGCCAGCAUCUUCUUCAUCACCUGCCUAAGCCUGAACCGCUACCAGGCAGUUGCCCACCCAUUCCAGUCCCAGCAAGGGACACUGCAGCAAGCGUCCAAGACUGCGCUUCUGGUCUGGGGACUGGCGGCCCUAACUUCCCUGCCAACUUUCUACUUCCGCAACACCAAAUACAUCGUGGAGCUAGGUGUGACAGCCUGCAUCAUGGCCUACCCAUCAGAGAAAUACUCCAGCUGGUCAGCUGGAACAGCCUUGAUGAAGAAUACCCUUGGGUUCCUGGUCCCCCUCAUCAUCAUUAUCACGUGCUACCUUUGGAUCAGAGUGCACCUGAUGAGAGCUCAGGGGUUUGGGAAGAACCAGCAGAUGAGGGAUAGAGUCCUGAAGCUGGUGGCCACUGUGGUGGUGGCUUUCUUGGUCUGCUGGCUCCCCUUCCACAUCCUCACCUUCCUGGAUGCCCUUUCCUGGAUGGAUGUGAUCAGCAAUUGCUGGGUCACCUCUGUCAUUGACGCAGCCCUACCGUUUGGGCUCUCCAUGGGGUUCGCUAACAGCUGCAUCAAUCCUUUGUUGUACUAUGUCAUCAGCAGCCAGUUCCAGGAGAAACUCCAACAUUUGUUCAAGCUGAGGCUCUAUCAGUUCAAGGGGAAAACCUUUGCCUCAGCAAAACUUGCUCCCCCAAAAUCACGGAGUCCCUGAUGGGGGCAGACCAAAGCAGAGUCUAUGCGAAGCUACAGACACACCCACCGUGGGUGCCCUGAGUGAGCAGCAUCUGGAAACUUUUAGGAGGAGGAGGAGGCUGCGUUGUUGCUCGGCUUCCUCGCCUGCUUUUUACACAUCUCCUGGAACAAACUGUCCAGCAAAGACUGUGCUUUCAAUUUCUUGAACUAAUUUUGACUUCUUCAUGCAUUUUACUUGCUCUGUGUUUUGUUUUUAUACAUUGUGUGUGGGGGGGGAUGGGACAGGGUUUGACUUACCGUCAGUAAACAUUUGGGUGACAUUACAAACCCAGUAGCUGUUUGUGACGAAAGGGCAGCCCUUCUGGCUUCUAGAUGCCAUCAGGGGGGAAAGCUGGCUUACAGGAAAUGCCAGAGGGAAGGAGGAAGAGAGAGAGAGCGAGAGAGCGAGAGCGCAGUAUGUAGUCAUUUCUGCCUUUGAAAUUCCGGUAAUGUCCUGGAAAAUCCGGACGUAUGGCAGCUAUAGUGUGUAGAGCAAGUGCACAGACAGCCCUCUUGCUUUGGAUGUGCUAAAACAAUAAAGAGUCUUGUGGAAUCUUAAAGACUACUGGGUCUACUAUGGCCUCAGCUUACAUGGGCUGGUCCAAUACAUUUUGCUGCCUGAGGCAAGGGAUAAAAUGGCUCUCCAUCUCACCCCAUUCCAUUUACAGAAGCCAGCUAGACUGGUUGCUGAAUCUUAGUACCCACAUUGACAAUGAGGCAGUGUCUCCCCCAUUUCCUGGGGGCAGCAAGUUUGUUGGGGGUGUGAGGAUGCCAGGCCUCACCCCUGCACUCCCUGUUCCCAUCUGCCAAAUGAAGCAGCUGCCUCACUCUGCCUCGUGGUAGAGCUGGCCCUGAAUAUAGUCCACUUCAUCAGAUGCUUGAGGUGUUAUCCUGAGUUAUAGAUAUACAUACCUUCUGGGAAUGGGAGGAGAAAUUCAAUUAAGUUCUCAUUUAAAAGCAAACCUCCCUAAUUCACACUUUCUGGGGGGAGGGAAAGGCAAGAACUGAAACACAGCCAUCCUUUGAAAUUAAUGUUGUAUAUUUUGUGAUAUUAAAUCUCUGCUGGGAUUCUCUCACCAAAGAGGACUUGCCCUAAACCUA